AUGAGCCGCGCGAUGGCGUGCGAGGGCGAGGAAGCCAUGGAGCUGACGUGCGUCAGCGAGUCAAGUGAGCGAGAAUCUGAAGCCCGAGGGACUCACAACAAACCUCUGGAGUUCUGCUACUUCUACACGCACUCGAAGGGCGACUUCCUCCAAAGCUGCAUCCGGGAGAGGAUAGUCUACAAGUACAAGCCCAGCGCCAUCUUCUUCUCGCCUGAGCCUCUGUCUGCCGUGCUGGCCUGGCCUCGAGCACAGUUAGCCCUGGCGCUGUUGAGUGCAACAUGGUUGGUCUUCAUCACACUGAAGCUGCAGUCAAUCCAAUCUGCAGGGUAUUUCUCGCUGGUGAACGAGGAAGCGAGGGUGCGAGAGUUCUCGACGGCAGCUUUUGGACGGGACCGAGAGCUUGCCUGCUCGUGGGAGCUUGUCCUCGAAAUGUUCAUAUCCUUCCUCCUGGGUGUCUCCGGGCUUCUGAUCAGCAUCCUUGCGCAUACGAGUCGCAUCGAGUUAGCUAAGCUGUUGAUGCUCGUCACCGGCUUUGUCGGCAUCACGACCAAUUUCAUCAUCUUCGUCAAGCUGACGUUACAAGGCUCUGCCAGGAGUGGGCUGAGGACGCCGAGCUGGUUCUUUUUAGUGAACGUGAUGACGGACGUGCUUUUGUUUCCUAUGCCGCUGGCAGUGAACGAGAGCUGGGUGGUGGAGCUAGUGCUGCUGGACAGCAUAGUCCACCUGAGUGUGGAGUUUGCGGACGGACAGCUGCCAUACUUGUACAUGCUGAUGGCAACCGUUGCCCUCAGCUUUCUGCUGGCGCGCGAGCGUAUGAGAUGGCGAGUGCUGCGGGAGAUGCGUCAGGAACAAGAAGGAGCGUGGGAGGAAGAAUGGAUGAAGAUGCGAGGCAGCUGGGCUCUCCGGUCUCUGACGAAGGCUCUUCGAGUUGGGCCCGACUAUCGGUCGUUUGCGUUCGGGUCUUUUGGUCCGAUCGUCAUAGUGAGCUCAGAACGUCGUCAGGAUGAGGAGGCAGAGCUGGAUUACAUCCCGGCUUGCAACCCCAAGACCAACACGAAGGUGCAGACGUCACCUGACAGCCUCGACCAGCUCUACGCUCAGGCGAUCCUCAUCGAGCCUGUCUUCCUCCUCAAGGUCCAGGCCCUCGCCUUCGCGUCCGACGGCUACUUCCCUCUUGACAGCUGCCAGGACAGCUCCCCCGAGUACGUGCGAUGGCGAGACGCGGUGAGGGACGACACGCUAGCAGACAGGGUGAGGUGGGCAGCCAUCAAGAGCGCCUCUAGAGCCAUCGAGAAGCUUACGAUUGUGUUUGCGGGGCUGGAGGAGCUGCUGCUGGGGGUGAAGGCGGUGCUGGACGACCCGGAGCUGGAGGUGGUGAGGAUCAAGAACAGGCUCGAUCCAGGCUUCGACUCGACGCUGUCGGGGGGGUACCGGGACGUGGCGAUCAACGUACGAGUACUGAUCCUCCAAGACUUCCAUGCCCUCAAGUCCAUGGACGGACACAAGAGGUACGUGCAGUUCCGCAACAUCCGGUUAAACAAGACUGAGAGGCAUCAGCUGUACACUUACCUCUCCUUUCCGAGGCCUGCCCUCGGAGCCUGA